AGGAUAAAAUUCGAUGUCAUUUCAUCUUUAUUGUAACAAACCGAAAAGUGAAAGUAAGCUAAAGAUUCCCCACCAAAUGUGUCGACCGGUUUUCCUGUAUAAUCGUUUCACAUAUACGCAAUACGAGCAAGAUACUUGAAAAGCUAAAAGAAAGAGAUGAGGAGAAGUUUGAUUAUUGGAGAGGGGGAACAAACAUGUAAUUCUUAUGGUAGAUCCUUAUACAUUGACGAACAUACUUCAGUGACAAUGGUGCAGUACAAGUUAUCAUACUUCAAUGUAAUGGGUUUGGGUGAGCCAAUAAGAUUCUUGUUAAGCUACGGUGGCGCCGAAUUUGAAGAUAUUCGUAUUGAUCGCGAAGAAUGGUUAAAAUUUAAAUCAGCAACUCCAUUUGGGCAGAUGCCAAUUUUAGAAUUCGAUGGUAAAGUUUAUUCUCAAACAUUACCGAUUUGCCAAUAUUUGGCGAAGAAAUAUAAUUUAAAUGGUAAAACGGAUUUGGACGAUUUACAGAUCAAUGCUAUUGCUAAUGCUCUUCACGAUCUCAGAAAACAAGUAGCACUUUUCUAUAGAAGCACUGAUCCCAACGAGAAGGCUAAAAAAAAGGAAGAAGUUUUAACUACAAUUUUACCAUUUUAUUUGAAAAAGUUAGAAGAACUGGUUCAUAAUAAUGGUGGUUAUUUGCAUGGUGGUCAGUUGAGCUAUGCUGAUUUGUUUUUCGUGGCCAUUUCGGAUUCAAUUAACAAUGCUUGUGAGUUAGAUAUUGGUAAGGAUAAUCCUAAUUUGAAGUCUCUCAAGGAGAAGGUACUUGCAAUUCCAAAAAUUAAAGAAUGGAUUCAGAAGAGACCUAAAUUGGAUUUUUAAUUAUUCAUAAUCCGAUAUCACUUUCAUGCACAAAUCUUAUUUUUUCUUUUGCAGUAUUGUAAAAAAUCUACAGUUACAGUAAUUAAAACGUAUUCAAUGCAA